GGGCGGCGGCGCGCUGGAGGCGGCCAUGGCAAAGCAGUACGACUCGGUGGAGUGCCCCUUUUGUGAUGAGGUGUCCAAAUAUGAGAAGCUCGCUAAGAUCGGUCAAGGCACCUUCGGGGAGGUAUUUAAGGCAAAGCACCGUAAGACCGGCAAAAAGGUGGCUCUGAAGAAAGUGCUGAUGGAGAACGAGAAGGAGGGGUUCCCCAUUACAGCUUUGCGAGAAAUCAAGAUCCUCCAACUUCUAAAACACGAGAAUGUGGUCAACUUAAUUGAGAUCUGUCGAACCAAAGCUUCCCCCUAUAACCGCUGCAAAGGCAGUAUAUACCUAGUGUUUGACUUCUGUGAGCAUGACCUUGCUGGGCUGCUGAGCAAUGUCUUAGUCAAGUUCACGCUGUCCGAGAUCAAGAAGGUCAUGCAGAUGUUGCUCAACGGCCUCUACUACAUCCACAGAAACAAGAUCCUGCACAGGGACAUGAAGGCAGCUAAUGUGCUCAUCACUCGCGAUGGGGUUCUGAAGCUGGCCGACUUUGGGCUGGCCCGGGCCUUCAGCCUGGCCAAGAACAGCCAGCCCAACCGCUAUACCAACCGUGUGGUGACGCUCUGGUACCGGCCCCCGGAGCUGUUGCUCGGGGAGCGGGACUACGGCCCCCCCAUUGACCUGUGGGGUGCUGGGUGCAUCAUGGCGGAGAUGUGGACCCGCAGCCCUAUCAUGCAGGGCAACACCGAGCAGCACCAGCUUGCCCUCAUCAGCCAGCUCUGUGGCUCCAUCACCCCUGAGGUCUGGCCCAAUGUGGACAAGUAUGAGCUCUUUGAGAAGCUGGACCUGGUCAAGGGCCAGAAACGGAAGGUGAAGGACCGGCUGAAGGCCUAUGUGCGGGACCCCUACGCACUGGACCUCAUCGACAAGUUGCUGGUGCUGGAUCCUGCACAGCGCAUCGACAGUGACGACGCCCUCAACCACGACUUCUUCUGGUCGGACCCCAUGCCCUCGGAUCUCAAGGGCAUGCUCUCCACGCACCUGACGUCCAUGUUCGAGUAUCUGGCGCCGCCACGCCGGAAGGGCAGCCAGAUCACCCAGCAGUCCGCCAACCAGAGCCGCAAUCCCGCCACCACCAACCAGACGGAGUUUGAGCGCGUCUUCUGAGGGCCGGCUGCCCAGGCUUUGCAUUAGGGCAGUGUUCUUUCUUUUCUGCUCUGUGACUUGCGUUGUGGAGGUGAUGGGGCAUUUGAGUUUUCUCUAGUGCUUAUUUUAUUUCAUCCCCACCCUGGGCGCUGGGAAGCCCAGCGGAGCGGACUGGAGGAAAGCGUUGGCUGAAAGUCCAGGAGGACACUGGGGUACCUCGCCUCGUUCCCUGGCUUUCGAGAUGAUGCCCAGAGGGUCUCCAUUUACCUUGAGACAGGAACGGGGUGGGAGGAGAGGCACACCCCCCCAGUGACUUUCUAAAAGUUCCCAGCAUGAUAGGAGGAAGGGGCAGGCCCCUCGCCUGUCGCCAGCCCUCCUCUCAGGAUGAGAAACUUGCGUGGGAGACAGAACCAGCCCCAGGAGUGGGCUGCUCUUGGCGCAACCCUCAGAAGCCCUGGGGUUGGCAGAAACUUGGUUUCUUCAAUAGAGAAUUUUAUCGUGUUUCUUUUGUUCAGUUUGGAGACAUUCCUGGACAGAGUUUGGUCAGUUAUAAUUAAAGUUGACUUUUUUUUUUUUCAGUAA